ACUGACACUUAUUCAACACUGCCACCUUAAGCAGAUUACUUUUGCGCUGCCUGUGUCAAAUACGUAGUUCACUUUGCCUCUCCAUCAUGUUUAGGAUGCUGAAACAUCACCUUCACCCGGGCUUUUUUCUCUUGUUCAUAUGGCUUUGUCAUCUCAUGGAACAUCAAAAAGUUCAAGCUGGGAACUGCUGGUUGCAGCAGGGGAAGAACGGGAGGUGCCAGGUGCUGUACAUGCCCGGGAUGAGCAGGGAGGAGUGCUGUCGGAGUGGAAGACUGGGGACGUCCUGGACCGAGGAGGACGUCCCUAACAGCACGCUCUUUAAGUGGAUGAUCUUCAAUGGCGGAGCUCCCAAUUGCAUACCUUGCAAAGAAACCUGCGAUAAUGUUGACUGUGGGGCAGGAAAGAGGUGCAAGAUGAACAGAAGAAGCAAGCCGCGCUGCGUGUGUGCGCCAGACUGCUCCAACAUCACAUGGAAAGGACCGGUUUGCGGCUCCGACGGAAAAACCUACAAAGACGAAUGCGCACUGCUCAAGGCAAAAUGCAAAGGCCACCCCGAUCUGGACGUGCAGUACCAGGGAAAGUGCAAGAAAACGUGCCGUGACGUCAUGUGCCCCGGCAGUUCCACAUGCGUCGUGGACCAGACAAACAACGCGUAUUGUGUGACGUGUAAUCGGAUUUGCCCCGAGGUGACGUCGCCCGAGCAGUACCUGUGUGGAAACGACGGGAUCGUCUAUGCCAGCGCGUGUCACCUGAGACGAGCUACCUGUCUGCUGGGCAGGUCCAUUGGAGUGGCAUAUGAGGGAAAAUGCAUCAAGGCCAAGUCUUGUGAGGACAUCCAGUGCAGCGCAGGGAAAAAGUGUCUUUGGGAUGCUCGGAUGAGCCGGGGGCGCUGCUCGCUGUGUGAUGAGACCUGUCCGGAGAGCAGGACAGAUGAGGCGGUGUGUGCCAGCGACAACACCACCUAUCCCAGUGAAUGUGCCAUGAAGCAAGCUGCUUGUUCAAUGGGGGUGCUGCUGGAAGUCAAGCACUCAGGAUCUUGCAACUGUAAGUAAAUAACAAGCAAAGUUUGAAAAAAAGAAAAGAAACAAAACACCCUCCUCCCUCUCCAGCAAAAGACAAUAUUCCAUGUUGCUUCCCCAACAAAAACCUCCCCUGAAAGUGCCCCCCAUUCCAACUUUUCCCAAACUCUUACCCCAGCCACAUCACCAAGUACAGCUUAAGCAAGCAGAAAGGACUUGGGAAUAGAAGAACUUGCAUGACGUUGUCUUUGUCGCUGGCUUUUGUUCUUGUGUUCUUGUUUUUACUUUCAAUUUUACGUUUUCUCAAUUAUUCUACAAAACUAAAAAACAGAGAGCUGAAUGAAAAAGCAUAACUAUAUAUCAGCACUCUUUGUAUGGGUCUUGAAAAAGCUAACUCCUUUAAACUAACAAGCAAAUUAUAAGACUCAUUUUGUUUGCAGUGGAACAAUCCUGAUACUUAACGUCUAGUUAUCUUUAUGGUUAUGCUAGUGACCUGCAGGAGCAGGUUGAGAGAAACCUGAUGCAGUUUUUUUUUAAAUCAGUAAUAUUUUUUUAAUGCAAGUGGUCAUUUCUUUACAGCUUGUAAAUUCCAUGGUCACUUUGCUAAUUUCAAGGUAUUUGUGUUUUGUAUUAUUUUUUCUUUUUGUUGCUUUUGGCUGUAAUCAAUCAAUUCAAAAUGCACUGCCUCCUGUGACAUACACCACACUGCCAACAUCUCAAUAGGAACAGAAUACUAUUAAAUCAUAUGAUGUGCAUAAGGUGAUUGUAACAUUGGUGCCAUGUUAGUAAUAAUGACAAGGGAUUUUUAACAUUGAUAUUAAUUUAUCUGUAGACAAGAGUGAGCUCUUCAUGCGCUCACAAAUCUGGAGUUAAACAGUCAAAUUGAACUAUGGCAUCAAGGGAGUAUCACAUUUACAUUCCAAAUUGCUCCUUGUUAGUUUCUUUCUCCUGACUGAGUACCUUACUGUGAUAUGCCUAAGGUAUGCAAUGGAAUCCAAGGGACCAACUUUAUGAUCACCUCAUGAGCUAAAUAUAAAUGUGAUACUUUACAGUGGGCAAAAUAAGCAUCGGUAGCUUAUAGAACCACGCUCUCUUAUUUCUCUUCUCAUCAUAAGAAAAAAGUUAACAUUUACCAGCUAACUUUUAUUGUCUAUGCUGUUUCCAGUGAAUGUAUUGUCUACCAGAAUAUGUAUCAGAAAUGACAAAUCUAUUUGGAUUGAUGAGGGACUGCUUGUUUGUUUGUUUUGUGUCACUCUUUCGCUCGCUUUUCUUUUUUUAAUCUACGUGUCAGAUGUAAAUCUCUUCUGUAAAAAGAAAAGAAAAUACCUCAGAACUGUGUUGAUGAUCUCUGACCUGCUUUCUAAGGCCAGGCUGUGACACAGAUUCCUCCAUCCCUGUAUGUUUGAGCCACAAAGUAAUAGUCUGAGCAAAGAAAACUAGCAAAUCCGAGAACACAAGAGUACUUUUCUGUGUUGUGUGUCUGCUUUCAGGAAUCUGCCCAAAAGAGACCUGAGCCACAGGAACAAAAAGCCCUAGUGCCCCCAUCCCUGAAACCAGCCCCCUUGUAACCCCCAUCACCCAUCUCACAUGCACCCUUCUCUCCAUCAUCCCAUUUUAUUCUCUUGUUGCAGUCCUGACUUGCUAGAUUAUGCAAUUGAAGAUUGCAUAUUUGAGUAUGCCCGACUAAUUGUUUAAGUCAUUCAGACCCGUCCACAGAGAUGCAAACACACAAACAUUAACACUUACACACACAAUAAUCAACAAAAGGGAGGCUGUGUGCGAGGGGCUUUGCUGUGAGUUUUUUUUAAGAACAUACAGUGAUAUUCUGCGCUGUUUUGGUCCCUAUUCAUACAAAAGCUACCAUAUAUUCUCCCAUAUAGCCAUUACAGAAGACCAGGAGGAGGAUGAGGAAGAUGAGGACUCAGACUACAUGGCCUAUGUCCAUAUAUCUUCUAUACUGGAUGGAUAGGCCCCCAUCACUAGGGGAACAGUCCUAGGGCAAGGAAUCAUGUCCAUACUGUACAUUAUGUGUAUGCUUAUUUAUUUUUUAAAGAAAAAGGAAGUAUACAUAUAGUUCAGUCUGCUAGAUGUUUAUUUAUACUUUUAUGUGUUUUAUAAUUUAUACAUUUACAAUGUCAGGCUUACUAUCUACCAUGAUAUAUUGUGUUACCACUCAUUUCCCCCUUUUUGUUGUUGUCCCUUUUACUUUUUUUAUCAUGAAGAAAUAUAUUUGUCCAAAGAGAAGCAGUGUUAUUUAUUUGUCAUGUUACCGUGUAAGUAUAAGUCCUCUACAAGCUGUAAAUUGCAUUCCCUGAGCUGUAAAAAUCUGCUUGUUUCUGUCAAAUCUCUAUCACAGAUGUUUAUGUCACACAUACGUAAAUGCAUGUUUAGGCUGUGUGUUUAUUUAUUGGGAAUAUAUCGAUCAUUUUAUGUACAGAAGUGUUUCUGGUUUGUUUACAACUCAUAAUAACUGACCAAAGGGAUUAUCUCAAUGGUGUUGCAAAAGAGCAUUGUAAAGAUUGCAACACAGUUGUGGUGAAAUGGAAAGAAAAAAAAAGAGCCAUUUGUUUUUGUUUUUCCUAUUUUUCUGGUUAAUCUUAAAUGUUUGCCCUUUAGAUUCAUUUCCACAUGGAGAUGACAACUUUAGAAAUUAUAGCAUUUAUUUUGUCUCACUACAUUAGAGCAGAGGUAAGUUUUGGAAGAUACUUGAUCAUUUUGGAAACAAUGUGCCAUUAACAUAACAUGUGCUGUCUUCUUGCCAAUGUGCUCCAUAUUGCUCUUGCAGAGCUAAAAUAGGACUAACAUACUGCAGUACUCAAGACUAUAUCAGACUCAAUCACUUGGUUUAUUUUUGUUUGUUUUUUCUCUGUUUUUCUCAUAGUGCAUUGUAAUUUUCAAACAUCACAAGAGAAAUACAAAAUUCUGUUAUGAAUAUAUAGUUUUGUAUUUUUUAUGUAAAUGUCAUAUGUACAUAAAAAGUUUGAUGGUAUUUGUACAGAUAUGAAGAGUGAAACAAUUAAAGUUUUUUUUCCUUAUA